UGUGGCAAACAUAUCUUUCUGUCUGCUGUACAGUAUGAAGUCGAUUCUGUCUAAUAGGAAAUUUCUUAUCACUGCUUUAUCUAUAACGCUGGCACGGUUUUCAUACAGCCAACUUGCGAAACCAUCAGUACCAGCGAUUGCAAAUUAUUUUGGAACGAAAAGUAGAUAUGAGGAUGUGAAUCCACACCUUUUGGAUGACAUUGUGUCUAUCAACAAAUCUCUGUUGGGACCACCGUCCUCGAAUUGCCAUGCAGUCCACUUGACUGCGGUCAUUAGACACGGAACACGUUACCCAACGACAAAGAACAUCAAAAGGAUGAUUCGCCUUUAUGAUCUUAUUGCAAGUGCGGCAACGAGUCCUCAGCCAUGGGUAAGGGAAAUUAAAACUGAAUGGAAGAUGUGGUACACUGAGGAUAUGGAUGGCAAACUUGUGGAGAGAGGAAGAGACGAUCAUAGGCAUCUGGCUAUCAGGUUGUCCAAAUCAUUUCCAACUUUGAUAUCCAAGGAGAAUCUUCUAAACAACAACCUGAAGUUUAUCACUAGUUCCAAACACCGGUGCAUCGAUAGCAUCCAAGCUUUUCAAGAAGGCCUGUUCGGCCUCUGGAAUAUGGAAGAUUAUGAUUUCAAACACACUGUGGAUGAUACCCUGAUGAGAUUCUUCGAUCACUGCCAAAGGUUUGUUGAGGAUAUUGAAAACAGCAAAACCGCUCUGAAAGAAGUGUCUCUGUUUAAGUCUUCGGCGGAGAUGGGGAUAGUCCAGAGGAAAAUUGCUGAUAAGCUGCAACUUCCCCACAGCCUUGUGACAGCAGAUUUGGUUGAGGCAGCAUUCUUCUUGUGCUCAUAUGAGUUUGCCAUUAAGUCUGAGAACUCUCCGUGGUGCAAUCUUUUUGAUGUGCAGGAUGCUAAAGUUUUGGAAUACAAAAAUGAUCUUAAACAGUACUGGAAAAGGAGCUAUGGACAUGACAUCAACCGCAAAUCCAGUUGCACUCUCUUUCAUGACCUCUUCAGGCGCCUUGAUGAAGUUGCGUAUGACCUCAGGAAUGGUCAGAUAAAGAAGACGGCGACCAUUCAGGUUGGACAUGCUGAGACCCUUCUACCUCUGCUCACUCUUUUUGGCUUCUUCAGGGAUAAUAAGCCUCUUACUGCAGAGGACUUUUCGCAGCAGCAAAAUCGCACAUUCCGCACGAGUCAGAUAGUGCCUUAUGCUGCAAACUUAGUCUUUGUCCUGUAUGACUGCAGUGAUGGGCUCAGACUGCAGUUCCUGCUCAAUGAGAAACCUAUGGCUUUUCCUGAUAUAAGUACGCCAACACCAUUAUAUGAUACUGUCAGGAAGCACUACAAAGAGCUCCUGGAUGGGUGUAACUUUGAGAAGGAGUGUGCAUCACCCAAAGCCAACUUUAAGAAUUCUGAACUAUGAGAAGCAAAAGAAGUGAAUGACUAAACACCUUGACCAAAUAAAAUUGUUUUUUUUUUUUUUUUUUUACCUUUUUCCAAAAUAUAUUGUAUCUUUUAAUUGUAUUGAAGCUGUUUAAGGCACAGCGUUUGUCCACCUUUGUUUGCGUUACAUGUGUUCUCAUAUUGAGAAUGAUUGUGUGUGUAUGUGUAUGUAUACACAAUAUACGUACACACCCACAAACUGGUUUUCAGCUACUUCUGUGUCAUGUGAUGUUAGGAGGUCCUUUGACUAUAUUUCUAUACUUUAUGUACUCUGAUCAUAUUUAUGAGAAGGAAGUUCUUCCUUCAAACUGUGUGAUUCAAAACUGAUAUCUGUUGAAUUGAGGAUUGUUUACAGAUAGGUUCAUUGUAAUUCACUGGCUUUAGGGUACCAAAUUUUCUGACGGGUUACGGGGCCUUUGCUCUUGCAGAUAUUUUGUUAAAUAAUUUGCCAUGUCAUCUGUAAUUGCAGAUUUCAUUUCACUUUUUGUUGUGAGACAAGUUUUCAAUGUUUGAGAGAGAAGGGUUUGCAUCUAAGUUGACACAACCUAACCGACAUUUAUGUCGUAAAAGUCCGCUACCUCAGCCAGUUAGACCAAAGUCUUUGUUGGUCUGGUCAUAUGACUCCUGUUGAAACAUCCUGUAAAUUGGACGACAAGAGUGGG